AUGUCUGUAGGAAAAUUGGAACCGUUUAAAGUGAUGGAAGAUAGCUGGAAUCUGUACGUGGAUCGAUUGGAACAAUACUUCCUGGUGAAUAGUGUCAAAGAAGAGUUCAAAGUGGCUACUUUAAUCACGGUAAUGGGCGGAGAAAGUUACGAACUAUUAGUGACUUUGUGUUCACCCAAUAAACCAUCAAGUAAGACAUUUAAAGAAUUAGUGAAAAUAAUGCAAGAUCACCUUCAACCAAAACCAUUCUUCAUGGCGGAAAGAUAUAUUUUUAGGCGAAGGCAACAGACAGCAGAGGAAUUAGUGGCGGAAUAUGCGACGGUAUUGAAAAGAUUGGCAAAAAAUUGUGAAUUCGGUACGGAGCUGGAUAACAACCUACGAGAUCAGUUUUGCUGUGGUCUUUACAAGGAGCAGAUUAGACAGCGGGUUUUUUCCUGGGAGAGUGUCACAUUCGCUAAGGCGUAUCAGACGGCAGUGACCAUGGAGGCGGCAGAGGCUAACGCGGCUGCGGUGAUGGAAUGCGGGCGGAGCGCGGGCGUCGCUGGGGGCAGCGUGCAGACCACCACGGUGCAGCGUGUCGGCAGCGAACGCGAACGACCGCGGGCGGACGCGCGCAGGGGCGGCGGACCGCGCGGCGGUAGCGGCGGAACGCGCGGCGGCGGGUGCGCGCGCAGCGGUUACGAGGUGCGCGGCACAUGCGCCGAUGGGGCAAACGACGGAGUCGCCAGGACGAAUAUGCACCGUUGCCGUGCAUGUGGAGGGGCUCACGAUAGCACGUCAUGCAAAUUCAAAGUCUACACUUGUCGGGUGUGUAACCGAGAAGGUCAUUUAAAAAAAAUGUGCCCCCGUUUGAAGGCUGCUAACGUGCAAGUGCAUAAUGUACAACGUGAAGAUGAAGAAAUAACGGUUUCUGACGGGGAAGUAAUGGAGGUAAAGGAGAGUGGUCACGGCCCAUACAAAAUUACCCCAGGCCCGGCGCAAACGAAACAUAUCUCAUAA